AUGCCGCGACAGAACUGGCGCGCUCCGACCACAACCGCGCGGGUCACCGUGCCGGCUUCGUGCACCCCGUACUUCCUCCCGCCAGGCCUCACCAUCGCGCUGCAAGAGUCCACCACCGUCCUGGCCUCCCAGAUCGCCGUCACCCCCGCCUGCUACACCGCGCGAGCCACACCCACCACCUCCCACGAUGGCGGAUUCUCAGUGUCGCCGUCCGAACUGCGCGACCCCUUCUAUGCCAGCACCAUCCCGAUGGCAUACUCCAUCGCCGCCACGUCCACGCUCGCAUACGUCCUACUCCUGCUGCUCUUUCUCCCGAACCCGCCGCACGAGCGCCCUUGGCUCCAGAAAGUCGCCACCCUCGCCGUUUGCAUCUGCCUGACCAUCGCCUUCGCUGAGACCACCGAUGUCCUGCGGCACGAAUACAGCCUCGUAGGAUCGUCCGUCUACAGUCUCACCAACGAAGCACGUGAAGUACGUUCCCGCGUCGUCGCCGGCAUACAUCUCAAGAUCGGCCGGAUAAUCAGCGACCUCUUCCUAUGGCUUGCGCAGGUCCAAACGCUGAUCCGCCUCUUCCCUCGGCAACGCGAGAAAGUCGUCAUCAAAUGGGCGGGCUUCGCAUUGAUCGUCCUGGACACGCUGUUCUCCGUCCUCCAGGCUUUCGUCUCUCCCAUGGCCUCGACCGACUCCUUCCUCGACGCAAUCCCGGCACUCUCGUACCUAUUCCAGAUCUGCUGCAGCACCAUGUACGCCGGCUGCGUGAUCUACUACUCCAUCGCCAAGCGGAGGUACUCGUAUUUCUACCCGCACCGCCCCUUUUCCGCGCCAUCCCCGGGAACGAAAAAGUACGGUGGCCGCAGCAUCUUCCUCGUCGCCAUUCUCUCCAUCGCCUCCAUCCUGACCCCUCUCGUCUUCUUCAUCGUCGACAUCGCACAGAAGGACCUGGCCGGAUGGGGUGACUACAUACGAUGGGUGGGUGCAGCGGCCUCCAGUGUUGUCGUAUGGGAGUGGGUAGACCGCAUCGAAGGCCUUGAGCGCGAAGAGAAAAAGGGCGGCAUUCUCGGCCGCGAAGUCUACGACGAGGACGAA